AAAUUUAAUUUUGGUAUUUAUGUUUUUUGUAAAACCGUUAGAAAAAAUAUUUAUGUUUUUUUGUAAUCAUAAUUUAAUUUAAUAUAAUUUUUGAUAACUAUAUUAAAUAUAUCAAGUUCCAUAAUUAUACACUUAUGUCAUAUACAUUUUAGAAAUUAUUUUUUAAUUUUAUUCCAAAAAUUUGCAAAAUAUUAUAUUUUCUUAAUAGUUACCUAUCAUAAUUAGUUAAGAAUAUUCGUAUAAAAAGAACCAAUUCGAAAUCAUCCCGGAAAUUAAAGUCUCAUAAUCUAAUAGCAUAUAUACUCAAACAGUUUUUAAAAUAUUAUAUCCGAAAACCAAUAUCAAACCCAACCUACACCGAAAACGGAAAAAUGUUUGAAAAAUUAAUUUUUUAUAUAUUUUGUUACAAAAAAAUAUAUGUAUAUAUAUAUAUGUAUAUCUUGAUGCAAAAGUCAAUGAACCAUUGUGGUAUAGUGGUAGAAGACACGGCUAUUAUCAAAGAUUAUAUGGGUUCGCAGCAUGAUCUGUUUUUUUAGUUUUUUAUUUCUUUUUUUCUCGCUAAUGGCAAAUAUGUAAAUACUUUAUCUUCUCCAUUUAUCAAGGUUUCUAUCUUUCUGCAAUUUUUUUCCACCGCCGCAAACAUAAUCGACCUAAUUUUUUGAUGUUUCCUUUUCAUUUAUGCAUCAAAAUUGAAGAUUUGUUAAUUAUCAUCCAGUUUUAAACAUCUUAACACACAAAAACUUGAAUGAUUUUGAUAAACUUGAUUUCACUGCCUAGCACUCAAUGUUUUUGAACGAUAUAUGUAAAUAGGUUAAUCAAUAAUCCAACUAUUGCAGUUGAAGAGAAGCACAAUUUCUUGCCAAUAGGAAACUUAGACUCAUAGUUUACAAAUAACUGCAUGAAUAAUUUCUGAGAACAUGACUGUUUUUUUUUGCUGAAUUUCUGCAACUCUAUUAAAUCAUGAAAAAUUGAUUGUUAGACUUUUGCAGGAAGAAGCAUAACUGGUUUCGUUAUAGAACUUUAUAUAAAGAGAACGUGGUUAGUUUUUAAGUUAAAGUAAAUACAGUUAUAGAAUAUUUUUAAGUUAAUGUAAAUACAGUUAUCAAUAGAUGUAAUAUUGAUAUUAAAAAUAAUUAUUGGACUAAACUAAUAUCAACUGGACAUGUUCCAGCUUUAAUAGUAUUGAUACAAUAAGAGGUCCUUAUAUUGCAAUAUUUACUUAAACAAUCGUCUGUCUUCUUUGUCCCACUCUUUCUCUCUCACACACUGAAUUACCUUCCGCAUCGGUCCACUUUCUUUCUCUCUCUACAUUGUCUGUUCGACUUCUCAACAUUUAAAAAAAACCCUACGCUGGCUUGUGAUUUCAAGGUUGCUAAAUUUGUAAGCAAUGAGUCCUGGUCACAGCAAAAUGCCUUCAGAUUCGAUAAAAGUAGUCCCGGGUAGGAGUAAACUGCGGGUUGAAUCUUCAAACCCAGUUGCCAGAGGGACUCCAAUGCGUAGAACUUCAAAGGUGAUGUUGAUCACUCCAGAGGAAGCUGUUAAACUAUCUUCCGGAUUCAAUCAAGUGCUUGUUCCUCCAGUUUCUGAAUCCCCGAGACCUAAGAUUGCUCGAGCAACUCCUGAGUCACCAAGACCUAAGAUUGCUCGAGCAACUCCUGAGUCACCAAGACCUAAGAUUGCUCGAGCAACUUCUGAGUCACCAAGACCUGUUCUGGCUGUUAAAAUUCCUGAAGCGCUAAGACCUGUCCCGGCUGUUCUAACUCCUGAAGCAUCAAGACCUGUCCUGACUCGUCCCACUUUUGAACCACCAAGAUCUGUAACGGCUCAUUCUGCAACAGGUUUAAGAAAAAAGAUUGUGUGCGGUCUUCCAGCUAUGAGUUUGAAUACUACAACAGUUAGACGGAGAACCAAUCCAAGAAGUUUCCAUCAAUCUACGGAUGGCCUUCCUCCUAGUCCACGUGCUUUGCAGAUUCGUUCAAGGAUUAAACAACAAGCAGCUACUACUGCAACACAUACUGUAGAAGGGACAGUUGUAGAAGUUGGUGAUAAAGCUAAAGAUCAUGAUGCCAAGGAGACAUGUCAACCAGCCUCUAAUGAAAGAAUCUCAGAGUUGCUUCGUUAUCUACCAGCUCUGCAUCCUACUUGGAAGGGACGCAUUGUGGAUUCUGCUUCACUGCCUGAGUUCGACUGCGAGUUUUGUGCUAAACCAGCAUCCAAUAUCAGCAGGAAGGCACUGAGACUUUCAAAAGCGAUGCCAACGUUACUCGAGGUAGAACUGCUUCCUACAGGACAUAUUCUGAACGAUGUGUUUAAUAGAAGCCCGAGGCUAUCAGAUGUGGAAUUGUACCUUUUCUCGGAUGAGAAGGAAGCAGGAAGGGUAUGUUUCAGCUCUAAAAGGGAACAUGCUCAUCUGUUUGAGGCCAUGUCGACUCGCAAUGCCAUGAUCAAAGCUAAUAUAAACGGCACAGAGCUGUUGAUAUUCUCCUCCAAACUAUUAGACAAGACUUCCCAGUUCUUCCUCAAGAAGCAGUACAAAGCAGAAAACUAUCUUUGGGGUUUCUUUCUCCAUAACAAACCCUCACAAGCACCUGUUCCAGGAAGUUCUUAUCAAACUGAUAGAGACGUUGUUGACAUGGACAUAGACACUGAGUACCCAACCCCGAAUCUAGCUCUCAAGCUAAUAGCAGAAUCACAAAGCAUUCCCUCAAGCUCACCAGUGAAACGGAAAAGAGAAGUUAACGCGCCUCCUCCUGGUUUCGAGAAGGCGAACAAACAAGUUAGCGUGCCUCCUGGCUUCGAGAAGAUAUGGACACCACCCUUGGUGACACUCAACAUACACGGAACUUCAAACGCUCUCUCUGGUCUAACAGGAUCCGCUGGAUUAGUGCGUAACGAGUCAGGGAAGUGGGUGUUCGGGUACAGCAGGUGUCACAAGAGCAUCUCCGAAGCCGCGGCUGUGCUUUUGGCUAUCUACCAUGGUCUUAAACUCCUCUGGGACAGCGGCUGCAGAAGAAUCCGCUUGCAGACGACGAGCCUUGACGUCCUCGGUGCUCUGACAACAAAACCAGACCUCUUCUACAAGAGAAAAUCGAUUCUGGGACUGUGCAAGGACAUGAUAUUGAAGAGCUGGGAGUGUGACGUUUACCAUGUCGCCAAAGAGGAGAACUCGUGUGCAGAGUGGCUAGCUAGCAGAUUAGAUGGAGAGCAGAUUCAAGGAUUGGUUUUCUUCGAGUACCCUCCUCUAGGCCUUGUGGAUCUUCUGGAGAAAGACCGUCUUGCAGCUAUCAAGUAACAGUCACAGUGAUGAGCACAGCUUUAGAUAGAGGUAGGUACAUAUCUUUUAGAAUUUUGAGAGUAAUUAGAAGAUCUUUUGAGUGUUAAUGUGACAUCGCAUAAGCAAGUACUAGUGGAGUUUCAUUGUAACCAAAAACUCCUUCUAUGAAGAAACGAAAUAAUAUGAUAUGUAAGAUGUGACAUGUCAAGCUGUGGUUGGUUGAGAAGCUAAUGUAUCUCCACUUUCCCUCCAAA